UGUGAAGAUGCGAAUUGUCAAUGAAAGCACCCACUCGUGAAGGCACAGGUGCACAGUAUAAAGGUGUAGCGCACAAACCAAGAACUGUACCCAACAGGCCGCCGUUUGCAAGCUCAAAAGAUCCGCAUGGUAGCGGGCCGUGAAGCCCACUGGGGACUUUGCGUAAGGCUCCAGGGGUCUUGCAAAGCAGUGCCGUUUGCCAAAGGCUGGACCGACUUGCAGGAUCUCGCAAUCAGUUGAGAGCCAGGUUCUCUCGCAUCCUUUGCCCACGACAUCCACCACGAGCUAGGGGCUGUCGACUCCGUGCAUAGAGUUUGAUCAUGGCACACAAGGCUCUCCACUGGGUUCACCACCUAUUGGGUCGCCUACUGCAGGAGCUGAGGCGAUGGUUGAGGCUGGUAGCCUGGCAGCUUGAGAAGUAUUUUUCAAGGAGACGUUCUCCCAAGCCCUCCUUGCUUCGACCCGAAGCAGGGAGGAAGAGUUGACCCAAUGGCGGGAUUUCAGCUGAUGGGAGGUGUGCAGAGGACGUCAAGGACAUAAAGGCCAACUCAGAUCUGCAGCCAGAAGAGGAAAGGCAGACGACCUUUCUGGUUAUUUAGCUUGGGUGUUUUUUCUCAUCAGGCACGUGAGGGAGUCCGGUUUAGGGCUCGGGCAGGUUGCUUGGUCUAUUGAUGGUCGACGACGCUACGACAACAGGUUUGAUCACCCUGUGUGACAACGCAACGAAGAAGUGGAGCAAUGCUAUGCUUCAAAGGAGAGGGCAAAGAGGCAAGGAUGCUGGAGGAGGUGGCAAAUGGCAAGAGGAAAGAAGAUUAAGGCAAAGGAAAGAAAUCGAACCCAGUCGAUCAUCACUCAUCCGAAUGAUGUGGUUCAGAGGACCGUGAAACCCCUGUUGAAACAGGCUCCAUACCAAGAGUGAAAAGGCGUGGCUUCUGGAGACCUGCACGGACGAGUGCAAAGCCACCAUCUUCAGCAGUACGUGCAAUCAGUGGGACCAUUGUGCGUGGGAGUUGUAGUCAGUGGUCAGAGGAUCGCCAGUCCAAACUCAGGACGUGGGAGGUGCAUGUGAUGGAACUUGCUCGCGACUUCAGAUGAAGUUGAUCAUAUUUGCUUGAGUAAACGCUCUGAUUGGAACUGCGAAAAUGUCAAUGAAAGCGCCGUGCAGGUGCACAUUACAGGUGCAGCGGUGUAGUGCAAGUCAAGAAUUGUACUAAGCAGGCUGCCCUUUGCAAGCUCGAGAGAUCUUUCGAAUUGUUCUGGAACCUUUUGAUGUUCAUUCUUUGUAGCUCCUGCACGACCCCUGGCUUGCCAAGGCCAGAAUGAAGGCCCCCGAGCUUGCAUUGGAGGUGACGUCCGUGGCAAGUGCGCUGGCGUGUCAUGGGGGCGCGCAUUGGACGAAAUUUGUGCUCAAGUCUCCGCAAGCAGGACAGACCUCGGCGACUGUUAGAAGAAGGUGUUCCAGAUGACUGCCCUCCUGCUGAGCCGAUGCGACGCGGAAGAGAGCUGGUUGCUGAGACCUGCAAAAAAGGCAGUGCACAUUCGCCCCAGCGAACCCGCGAAGCAGACUUUGAGUUCCUUCAAUGCAUUGGAAAGGGCACCUUUGGGCGUGUCUACCUCGUGCGGAAGCGCGAUGACCCGGCGCAAAGGUUGUUGGCCAUGAAGGUGCUCAAGAAAAGUCGCAUCGGAGAUUCCAGGCGUCGCGCAGAGUACAUCAUCACGGAGCGCAAAGUGUUGAGAAGCGCAAACCAUCCAUUUGUUGCGCGACUGAGGUAUGCAUUCCAGUCAGCUUCACGUUUGUACCUUCUCACGGACUUUUUUGGUGGUGGAGAGCUCUUGGAACACAUUCGCCGCUUGGGGCGCUUCACUGAAGCGCAAGCAAGGUUCUUCGUGGCCGAGGUGGCCCUGGGCCUGGAGUAUUUGCAUGACAAAGGGAUUUGCCACAGAGAUUUAAAGCCAGAAAAUGUGCUUUUGGACAUAGAUGGGCACGUGAGGCUUACCGACUUCGGUUUGGCUAAGAUGGGCCUCCGCCAAAAUCUCACAUCUACUAUGUGUGGCACGCCUGAAUACUUACCACCGGAGGUUUUCAGACGUCAGUCCUACGCCUGUGAGCUGGACUGGUGGUCCUGCGGCGUGCUUUUGUUCGAAAUGCUGGAGGGGUUGUUUCAGCUGAUCAUCGAUGGCCGGUUUCGCUUUGAGUUUGUGCACUCAGAAGAAGCUUCGAGCCUGGUUCGGCAGCUACUUACGCCGGACCUAGACAUAAGACUGAAAUCUGCUGCAGAGGUCAAGGCAAGCCCUUGGCUUGCGAGCAUUGAUUGGGACACGGCUUUGAAGCUCGGGCUACAACCCCCUUUCAGGCCAUCGAUGACCAGGAAGUGCUGCUCACCAAGGCUCAGGCCAAGCUCUCCUGAAGUCGCCUCAAUUGGCCUCCACAUCCAGGGCUUCACGUACGUCCCGGAAGCAAAGACCCUGUCUGACAGGACAGAAUUGCUUCUGAGAGAAACAUAAACCAUGUAGGAAACCUGUUGAACGCCCAGCGUUCAGUUUUCCAAAGAACGUCUAUAUAGAGGGCUUCAAGACACCACAACAAUGUGGCAGGGCCCUAGAAGAAUAUCUCCUUUGAUAGAAGAUGUCCCAGACCAAGUCCACAAGAAGACUGCAAAGGUUGACGUUUCAUUGGGGUGUUUCUUUUUUUCUUGCA